GCCGGUAACACGUCUUUGUGAUGUUCCAGGUUCCUUUUGUGUUCCAUCCCAUCCGAGAGCUCUCAGGCCUGAGGAGGAAGCCGUUCAAUCGCCGGGACUCCGGAACUGUCGCUUUGCAUAAGCCGCUGGUGCGAGCGUGCUGCGCGAGCCUUUCCGCUGAAGCGUGCCCUAAAAAAAAAAAAAAAGAAGAAAGAACCACAAUUACGCGCAGAGGGGCGGCAUUUCGGACGCAGCUGCCGCGAGCCUCCACCCACCGCAGCGCAGUCUGUCGUGCUAUGGGGCGGGCUCGGCGCACAGGGGGCGGUGUCCCGGCGCUGUCGGCCCGGCGGAGCUGCGGAGGUUCGGCUGAACGGCCCGACGUUUCAAAACGUGGAACAUGACCAUUUUGAAGCCAGAGUCUUUUGAGUGUGUUGGAGAUGUCAGCACUGCCCUUGUCUGAUUGCCCGUGCUGAAGCCGGAGCAGCCAUUCUUUCUGGGUCGCCUGGUUACCUUUGAGUCACGGACAGAACCAGCGAUCGAGUACCAGUGGAAACGACCCGGUCAGCCCCGGGAGCACAGGCAAAGGCAGUUCAGGUUCAUGACUAUAAGGGGUGGAGCCUGACCGCACCUCACUUAAACCUUACAUAACAGCUGACCGCCACCGGGGAAGAAUCUCUUGUCUCCCUUAGGAACCUAGAUCUCUGGAGAUGGGAAAGUAAAUGUGCAAUAAGAAGAGCUUAGCCGAUCACAGAACACACCAUGGGUGUCCGUUUUCUUCUUCUGUUUAUUGUGGGGCUUUGCCGGGCACAGUACGACCCCAACACUCGGCCCGGGAGGACAUCUAUCGUGCAUCUCUUCGAAUGGCGCUGGGCCGAUAUCGCUCUGGAGUGCGAACGCUAUUUAGCUCCUAACGGGUUUGGAGGAGUUCAGAUUUCACCUCCAAAUGAAAAUCUCGUCAUUGGUGACCCCUCGCGACCGUGGUGGGAAAGAUACCAGCCGGUCAGCUACAAACUCUGCACACGUUCGGGAAACGAAACUGAAUUUAGGGACAUGGUGACCAGGUGCAACAAUGUCGGCGUAUAUGUUUAUGCGGAUGCAGUAAUAAACCAUAUGUGCGGAGGUAACGCCGGCGCUGGCAAUCAUUCGACUUGCGGAAGCUUUUUCAACGCCAAGACGAAAGAAUUUCCAGCCGUGCCAUAUUCUGCCUGGGAUUUUAAUGACGCUAAGUGUAAAUCCCGCAGUGGAGACAUUGAAGAUUAUCGAGAUUUGUCUCAGGUCCGAAACUGUCGCUUAGUUAAUCUUCUCGAUUUGGCCCUGGAGAAGAACUACGUGCGCUCCAGAAUCACAGAGUACAUGAAUUACCUCAUCGACAUUGGCGUCGCCGGGUUCCGGAUUGACGCCGCCAAGCAUAUGUGGCCAGGGGACGUGAAGGCGGUUUUAGAGGAGCUGAAAGAUCUAAAUCGUAAAUGGUUUCCUGCAGGAGCUAAGCCUUUCAUUUAUCAGGAGGUGAUUGACUUGGGAGGAGAGCCGAUCACGGACAGUCAGUAUUUUGGAAAUGGGAGAGUGACGGAAUUCAAGUACGGCGCAAAACUGGGGACGGUGAUGCGCAAGUGGAACGGAGAGAAGAUGGCCUACUUAAAGAACUGGGGAGAAGGCUGGGGCUUUGUGCCUUCCGACACAGCCUUGGUGUUUGUGGACAACCACGACAACCAGCGCGGGCACGGGGCAGGCGGAGCUUCCAUUCUCACCUUCUGGGACGCUAGGCUUUAUAAAAUGGCAGUCGGUUUCAUGCUCGCUCAUCCGUAUGGGUUUACGCGGGUGAUGUCAAGUUAUCGUUGGCCGAGAUAUUUCCAGAAUGGAGUGGAUAUCAACAACUGGGUCGGACCACCGAGUAACUCGGACGGAUCAACAAAGUCUGUUCCGAUCAACCCGGAUACUACCUGCGGCAACGACUGGGUCUGCGAACAUCGCUGGCGACAAAUAAGGAACAUGGUUAUCUUCCGUAAUGUGGUAGACGGUCAGCCUUUCUCAAACUGGUGGGACAACGGGAGCAAUCAAGUGGCUUUCGGUCGCGGCAACAGAGGCUUCAUUGCCUUUAAUAAUGAUGACUGGUACAUGAAUGUCAAUUUGCAAACCGGGUUGCCCGCCGGUACCUACUGCGAUGUCAUUUCCGGUCAAAAGGAAGGCAACACAUGUACGGGAAAGCAGGUGUACAUUUCCUCGGAUGGAAUGGCUAAUUUCCAGAUUAGUAACAGUGAAGAAGAUCCAUUUGUUGCAAUUCACGUUGAUGCCAUGUUAUAAUUUGCAAAUGUUUUUUUUUUAAUAUUGUUAUGUGGAAGAAGGAGAGGUCAGCUGGAUCUCAUGGAAUGUCUAGUUCGGUGACAACAAGAUGCCGGGAGAGAUGGACAGAAUAAGCAGGGAUGUGCGUUAGCUAGGCUUAAGAUACGCUCUCUGCCGCGACGCGGACUUGUUAUGGAGCUGGCUUGCUUUGUAGCCAAUGGAUCGUUAGUGGCAAUGUGCUGUGUUUGUAUGUUAGGAGUUAAAAAGCUUGCUUUGGAAAAUAGGUUUUUUUUUUGUGUGUGUGAACUGUAUGUUGAGUUGCUAAGUUGUGGCUGUGCUGCUAUGUAUGUAUACAGUUUGUGCCAGGUGUGAUUACCCACAGCUUUGUGAUUCUUUGUAGCCAUUGUAUGUAAAUGUCAGUGGAUGUGAAGAGUGUUGAUUUUUCCCCUUCCAUAUUUGGGAUCAUAGUAUUAUGUCAGUGUAAGUAGCGGCAAUACCAUGGGUAGGUUUUAAGGCGAUACCGUCCCGAUUAUCUGAAAUGUCAGUAAUGGGAGAGGAAAGAAGGAAUAGGAGGUUGAAAUCCAAGUCUGUGUUGAAUAGUAAAUGAUGCGUUUUCAAGGCUGAGAGAUGUUAUGUAAGUUUGUUAUAGCCAGCCGGAAGGGUCACUUAGCGUGAUGUCAGCAAAGAGCGCGGAUGAUGUAGUGUGUAUCGCUUAGAGGAAAACAGUUGUCUUUGUCUUGUGUGCUAGGCGAGUGCAUCACAAUCUCCAUGUAAAAAUUUUUUAAAAAGAAUAACUGGACGUGUUUUCUGGUACUCUGUCCUCACCUUUCUGAUUUGGUUCAGAGAGCCUUUGGCAUCUUAAGCUAUUUUCAGCAUUGUGAAGAAUUCAGAUGUCGUCGUAACUGCUUUUUUCCUGCUGAACAGCUUGAAUAACGCAAAUCAUAUUGAGUGAUUGUAAUGUGCCUUUUGUUAAUAAAGCAAUCUGAAGGCUUUUUGCUGCUUUUGAGCGAGAAGAUGUCGUGUCGUUUAAAAGAUAUCGACUGCUAAGGAACUCAGAUUUUAGCAAUGUUAUGACGUUUUGUUCAAUUUUGAAGCCACACCAAAUGAUUCUUAAGCAACAAGAAUGCACGUAUGGAAGCAAAGUACGGGAGAAGAAAGUGGACGUGGGACUUUUUAAACAGUCAUUAAUUAAGGUAUUGUUUUUGUUACAUAUUGUCUGCGUGAAAGCACAGUUUGAACAAGAGCAUGGAAAGUAUUUUUGAAAGGACCCUGUCAUAUAUUGUGCCUACCGGUAUGUCGGGGUAAUACACUUUGAAGAAGUGUCGAGCAAAUGAGGGUGUUAGUGUGACGGUUAGUUAUUGACAGUUCUGUGGUUCUGAGGAGUGGACAUAGUUGUCUAAUGUAUUUUAAGGUAACAUUCAAGACGUUUGAUGACUUUGUCACUAAUAAAUAUUAUGGCAUUUAAUGGAGUGGAGUAGUUUAAAGUGAAUGUCCAGGUGGAAGCAGGAGAGCAUGUUUUGUUGGCUUUUUUUAUGAAUUGCAUUCUAAAAUGUAUUGAUUUUGUCCUUCAAAAUGCUGCACUCUAUUUUUUUAUAUGAAUGUUUGUUUUUUGCUGUGCUUUAAUUCUUCUGAAUUAAACUUGUCAGUGUAAA